AUGGGCAGCCCCCGGCCCCGGCCCCGGCCUCGACCCCGUCCCGCCCUCUGUGCCCUCCUGCUGCUGCUGCUGCUGCUGGCCGCCGCCGUGCCCAGAUCGGAGCCAAAUGACAUCCUGGGCCUGCGCCUGCCGCCGGAGCCGGUGCUGAACGCCAACACCGUGUGCCUGACCCUGGCCGGGCUGAGCCGGCGCCAGCUGGACGUUUGCGUCCGUCGCCCGGACGUGGCCGCCUCGGCCGUUCAAGGUAUCCAGAUCGCCAUCCACGAGUGCCAGCACCAAUUCCGCCACCAACGCUGGAACUGCUCCAGCCUGGAGACCCGCAGUAAGAUCCCCUACGAGAGCCCCAUCUUCUCCAGAGGUUUCCGAGAGAGCGCCUUCGCCUAUGCCAUCGCCGCUGCGGGAGUGGUCCACGCCGUGUCCAACGCGUGCGCCCUGGGCAAGCUGCGGGCCUGCGGCUGCGACCAGGCCCGGCGUGGGGACCAGGACACCUUCCGUCUCAAGCUGCACCGCCUGCAGCUCCACGCCCUGCAGCGCCGCAAGGGCGUCAGCCACGGGGUCCCCGAGCGGACCCCCCAGCCCCCCGAGGGGGACCCCCGGCCCCGGCCCCAGUCCCAGCCCCAGCCCCAGGACGCGUGGGAGUGGGGCGGCUGCAGCCCCGACGUGGGUUUCGGGGAGAGGUUCUCCCGCGACUUCCUCGACUCGCGGGAACCCCAUCGCGACAUCCACGCCCGCAUGAGGCUGCACAACAAUCGCGUCGGGAGGCAGGCCGUGCUGGACAACAUGCGGCGGAAGUGUAAAUGCCACGGCACGUCGGGGAGCUGCCAGUUGAAGACGUGUUGGCAGGUGACCCCCGAAUUCCGGGCGGUGGGCGCCCUGCUCCGUGCCCGCUUCCAACGCGCCGCGCUCAUCCGCCCGCACAACCGCAACGGGGUCCAGCUGGAGCCAGGAGUCCCGGGACCCCCAGGACCGGUCGCCCGGCGUCGCGCCAGCCCCUCGGACCUGGUGUACUUCGAGAAAUCCCCCGACUUCUGCGAGCGGGAGCCGAGGCUGGAUUCCGCGGGCACGGCUGGGCGUCUGUGCAACAAGAGCAGCGCGGGCUCCGACGGCUGCGGGAGCCUCUGCUGCGGUCGAGGGCACAACAUCCUGCGCCAGACCCGCAGCGAACGCUGUCACUGCCGCUUCCACUGGUGCUGCUACGUGCUCUGCGAGGAAUGCCGGGUCACCGAGUGGGUCAGCGUCUGCAAGUGACACGGACCCCCUCCUCCCCCCCAUCACCGUCCCUCCCCAGCCUCCGAAUCGGGACCACCCCCUGGUCCCCCAAACACCCCCACUGUCACCCCCUCACCCCCACCAACCCACACACACCGCCCCCCGGGCCCACUGUCGCCCAGGAGUUGAGACAGAGACUCACGCUCACUCCUGACAAGAGUCACGAACCAGGGCGUCCCCAACCCUGAGCGGGACCCGGAAAGGCCUUGGAGAUUGGGAUUGGGAUCCGGGAAGGCCUGUUAAAGAGGAGUGUGACCCGGAAAGGCCCUGGAGAUUGGGAUUGGGAUCCGGGAAGGCCUGUUAAAGAGGAGUGGGACCCGGAAAGGCCCUGGAGAUUGGGAUUGGGAUCCGGGAAGGCCUGUUAAAGAGGAGUGGGACCCGGAAAGGUCCUGGGGAUUGGGAUGGGAUCCGGGAAGGCCUAUUAAAGAGGAGACACU